UGGUGUGAUUUAUAAUAACAAUAAAAUAAUAAAGAUUUCGUUAUAUUCGAAUUAUUUAUAACAUAUGUAAAUCUAGUUUAAUAGUCAAUUAAUCGAUGUGAACUCAAACAUUAAUACUAUUGAAGCAGUUUUUCAAAAUCUUACUCGUUGAAAGGAAGGAAAUUUGAUGUUAAUUAAGAGGUAAAUCUGCAUGAUGUUUCGGAAAGAACCCAAAUUGCGGUGUCCUCUGUGCUUUUUGUUUACCAGUGGAUCAUAAGUAAUCAGUAUUCAGCCGAAUUCGGUCAUAACAGGCAGAGAGUUCUCAGUGCGACUGCAAAAUGUUGGACGUUUCUACUGAUCAGCAGAAGGUCCGGGGACACCAACGUGUCCCUUCAGACACCAAAGAAUUUCACGAAGCAACAAAGCGCGACGCAUUAAUUCGGUUGCGAAAGGACUUGGACAAUCUACUGCAAACCGGCGAUGAUGCGAAGAAACAGAUUUUGCAGAAAGAAAUGUGCGGCUUUGAAGCACUUUUCCAUCGAUUUCUGCAGGAAGAUGGCCCUUCCGUGGAAUGGGAUCGAAUUCAAAAGUUACCACAAGAUGCUGUCAAGGAUUACUCUAGUCUGAGAACGCCUCAGGAAUCCGAAAUUCGUCAAAUGUUGGACAAAUUGGUCGUAAUCAAACUGAAUGGCGGCCUAGGUACUUCUAUGGGUUGUCACGGGCCAAAGAGUGUGAUUCCCGUGCGGAAUGAUCUAACAUUCCUUGAUUUAACAGUGCAGCAGAUUGAACACUUGAACAAAACAUACAGUGCCAACGUACCGUUGGUGUUGAUGAAUUCUUUCAAUACCGAUGAUGACACGGAGAAGGUCAUUCGCAAGUACAAAGGCUUCCAGGUUCAGAUCUACACAUUCAAUCAGAGUUGCUACCCACGUAUCAGUCGCGACUCGUUGCUGCCGGUUGCAAAGGAUUUCAACAUCGAAAGUGAUAUCGAAGCGUGGUAUCCCCCAGGUCACGGAGAUUUCUACCAAUCGUUCCAAAACUCGGGACUGCUCAAAAAGUUCCUUGACGAAGGACGCGAAUAUUGUUUCCUGUCAAAUAUCGAUAACCUGGGUGCGACGGUUGAUAUUAACAUCCUAAAUCGUUUGCUGGGUGAUGAUCGUCAAGGAAACAAACCAAUCGAGUUCGUUAUGGAGGUCACUGACAAAACUCGCGCCGACGUUAAGGGUGGUACUUUGAUUCAGUACGAGAACAAAUUGCGGUUGCUGGAAAUUGCUCAGGUCCCUAAGGAACACGUGGACGAUUUCAAGUCCGUAAAGACGUUCAAAUUUUUCAACACCAACAAUAUUUGGGCUCGUUUGGAGUCCAUUGAUCGUGUGCUGAAUGCACGAACUAUGAAUAUGGAAAUCAUCGUGAACAACAAAACGCUGGAUAAUGGAAUGCGAGUGAUCCAAUUGGAGACCGCUGUCGGUGCGGCCAUGAAAUGUUUCGAUGGCGGCAUUGGUAUCAAUGUACCACGAUCUCGUUUCUUGCCUGUCAAGAAAACAUCCGAUCUGCUUUUGGUUAUGUCGAACCUGUACAGCUUGAAGUACGGAUCACUAGUUAUGUCACCACAACGUAUGUUCCCCACGACACCCUUGGUCAAACUUGGAGACAAUCAUUUUAGCAAAGUCAAAGAAUUCCUCGGCCGUUUCGCUAAUAUCCCUGACUUGAUAGAAUUGGAUCACCUUACGGUGUCUGGAGAUGUGACAUUUGGUCGCGGUGUGUCCCUCCGUGGUACUGUGAUCAUCAUUGCCAACCAUGGUGAUCGUAUAGAUAUUCCGGCUGGAGCAAUUUUAGAGAACAAAAUUGUGUCUGGUAAUAUGCGCAUUCUUGAUCACUAAUCAGGUGUUUCCGUGUCGUUUCUAAUGAGGCCCAACAUCGUAUAUCUGCUGUGAGAGAACGCCGACAUAAAGCGCACCAUAGAAAACAUAUUUAAAGAGCUUCUUAAAAGCAAUUAUGUCACCCAGUGUAGCAAUAAUAUGUGCAAAAGUUUUGAACUUUUUUUUCAUUUAAGAAACAUUUUAUAUUUACAGGCGAAGUUUCAUCUGAUGAGAAUUAAAAAUUUAGGGGUUUUAAAUAUAACUUAUACAUAGAUGAAAAACAACAAAACAAAGUUUUAUUGAUAUUUUGUUAUCGUGUGUAGAUUUGUUUAUAAUUUUGUUUUUAAAGCUUUUGAAUAAAAUGUUUGUAGUACAUAGUUCAGUAA